AUGCGUCUCACACUCAUUCUCCUCUCGCUGGUGACUGUGUCACUGGCUGCCCCAGCAAACUUCUUCGACGGUGCAUAUGACUUCUCAGACGAUCUUGCGGGCUUCUAUGCCAAAGUCAGCCAGCACAUCAGCCGUGUGCAGAAGAGCAGCGCGACUCCAUCAGCAACGUGUGAUCUAUCCAGUAUCACACUGCCCUCAUAUGCAUCGGGCCUACCGAGUCCUGAUGGAUUGACGCCAAUGCACGUGGCCCUUGGAAGGGGAACACAGAAUUAUACGUGCGCCGAUUCGACAUCCAAGUCUACUCCCAAGGCUAUUGGUGCGGUCGCCAAUCUCUACAAUGUGACGUGCAUGUCUGCCGACUACCCAGACAUCUUGGAGAUGCUGCCCAAUGUUGCCUACAAGAUUUCUCUGCCGACCAACGAGUAUGCGACACUCCCUCCAGCCAACAUUGACCUGAUGGGCCACCAUUUCUUCUACGAUGCGACGACUCCCGAGUUCAACCUCGACACCGUACCCCUCAAGCAGUAUGGGAUUGCCAUGACCAAGAAGCAGGAUCAGAUCAGCGCUCCUUCGGAUGCCAUAGCAGGCCAGUACGGGGCGGUGGCCUGGCUGUAUCUGACAACUACGGAUGGUACUGUCGGCAAGUACAAGAGUGUCUAUCGAGUCAACACUGCCUCAGGCUCUCCACCGGACACCUGCCAAGGCAUGCCAUCUUCGUUUGAGAUUCAGUAUUCUGCAAACUACUACUUCUUUGGAAAUUAG